AUGGAAGACAUUAUUCGUGACAUGGAUUGGAAUAAGGAUACAAUUUAUGCAAUCGGUCAUUAUAGACGAUUUUGCACCUAUUUUGGAAUUUGGCCGUCGGCUGAACGAAUAUCAUCCGGGUUAAGAGUGGCAUUUUAUGUAGUUCUACAGUCAUUGACAGUAGGAAUUUUCCUACAAAGACUCAUCGUUUAUGGAAGCUGUGGAACAACUCAAGAAAUUGUCGAUACAUUUACUGUUAGUAUGUCAUCUACACAAAUUGGUCUAAAAUGCAUAUUCAUCUAUAUGCAACAAGAACGAUUUAAAAAUAUUUUAGACGCUACCGUUGAAGAUUGGGCUUUAACUACUGACAAAAAACCCAAAGCAAUAAUGCUAAAAUAUGCCCGCAUUGGAAGAAAAAUAUUUUACUGUCAGUGUUUUUUGGGAUUAUUUACGGCAGUACCAUUGAUAUUAGGUGAAGUACCACAUCCAAUAGAAGUAUUCAACGAAUUUGAUAAUAGUACAACUUUGGUUAGAAAUUUGAUUUUGGCACCAAAUUGCUGGGUCCUUCAGUCAUCGUCAAAUACAAUGUAUUAUGCUUUUUGGUGUUUAUUGGCAUUAUAUGUGUUUUGUGUAGCUAUGGCAACAGUAGCUUGUAAUUUGAUUGUCUAUGGAUUUGGCCUUCAUGUUUAUGUUCAAUUUGAGUUAUUGUGUCUUAGUGUAGAAGAAUUGGAUGUUAGUAAGACUUUUAAAGAACAACAAGAGUUUAUGAAGAAAUUCAUCAAACGUCACAAUCGAAUGUUGGAUAUGGCCAGCGAACUUGAAGACGCAUCGACGGCAGUUAUAUUUUCGGAAGUUUCAGCUAUCGUUAUAGUUGGAUGUGUUGCUGGUACUCUAUUUUUGCUAGCAAUGCAAAGCGGUGACCGAGCAAUUCUAACUGCAAUGGCUGGACGUAUUUUUCUGGUUUUCAUUCAAUUAUUCAUUUUCUGUUUUAUGGGUGAAAAACUAUCAAAUCAAGCUGAUAAAGUUCAAGUUGCUGUCUAUAAUAAUAUCCCGUGGUAUGAAUUUCCACCAGAAAUUGGCAAGGAUAUUAAACUUAUAAUGAUGCGUAGUGACUAUCCGUUUUUUAUAACAGCUGGGAAAUUUUACAUAAUGAACUUAUUGAACUUUAAAGAAGUUGUUAAAUCGAUGUUUUCGUUUUUUUCUGUUUUAAGAUUAAUGUUACAAAAUUGA